CUGCAUGGUGGUGUAGUGGUUUGCACUCACACCCCGCAGGAGUAAGGCUCUGGUUCAAAUCCCAACUAGGUCUUUUCUGAGUUUACAUGUUCUCCCAAAAAUGAAACAUGGCUUUCUUCCAGUGAAUUUGCAUUUGUUGAUAUGACAUUUUGCCAAUAUGAGCAGGAGACGUAUCAAGAGCAGACCAGAGACCUUUUGCAUAGUCUUUGAUAAGAGAUCCAAGACCCUCCAGAACAAAACAUUUUUUUAAUGAACGAAAUCCUUUUUUUUAAUGAAUAAAAUCACCAAACUUCUGUCAAAACACUUUAACUUGAGGCAAUACAGAGAAAGACAACUGUUCCAGGGAAAUUACAAUAAAAACUACAAAGAGUAUUAAUGUUUAAUUAAAAUCUAUUUUGAAUGAAAACUUUGGCUGGGUAUUUAAAAUCCACAUUGCGUUUUUAUUCAUAAACAUUUGUAAUGAUUAACAACAAAAAUGGCUUUCAUUAUGGUCUUAAUGUAAAACCGACUUAUUUCUGACAUCAGACUGGUGGGAUUUUUUUUUCUUUUUUACCUUUUGGUAUGAAAAAUAACCUCGAGGGUUUGGUUAGUUGGUAGGCUCUCAGAAAGUACUGCUGGUAGUACUUCGCCUUUCUGGAAUAUGUAGUUUAUUCACUCCAGAAUUUAUGUCAAACUGUACGGUGUCUUUAAAUAUUUAACUACAUAUCCCAGCAUUCCAUGCGCGCAGCACGUUAUAGGAAAGGACGUAUCAGCUCACGCGGACUGAGGGUAGAGUCGAACUUCUCGACAGAAACCGGCACGGCUCUUUUCUGACAGGAAAUCCAAGUUCACGCUUGAAGUCCGGACCUUCCACCCCGCCUGAGGCGGCUCUGACAGCGGCGACGAGCCCACGUUGACCGGACCAAAAAGUGCGCAGCUCAGCUUUCGCGGUGAAAAUCCCGAAGCCACGAUGGAGCCGCGAGACACUGCCCCGGAUUCAUGGGAGCAAGAAGACGACGAGGCCGUGAUGGAGCGGCAGCUCCGACCCGGGUCCAACACGCUGAACGUCAACGCGAAGCCGUUCGUGCCCAACGUCAACGCCGCCGAGUUUGUUCCAGUGUCCUUGAAAACGGAUUCGGGAGAACUGGAGUCCGUCGUUGCUGACAAACUUUCCAGCCUGAAGGUUUCACGAAGCUCUGGGCCUGUGGAGAAUGGUGAAGCAGACGUGACUACAGAAGAGACCUGGGAUGAGAAAGAAGUAGAAACGAGUGAAGAAGAGCCAGGAGGCGGGGACGAUGGUCCGGAGGAGGUACCAACAGUGGACGACGAGCCACCAGAAACCCUUGAGGAGGAGGAAGAAAUUUCAGUGCCUAAAAUCCCCCCCAUUCAACCAGAUGCUCCAAAGAAAGAGCACAUCAACGUUGUGUUUAUCGGACACGUAGAUGCUGGAAAAUCCACCAUCGGGGGACAGAUCAUGUACCUGACGGGGAUGGUGGACAAAAGGACUCUGGAGAAGUAUGAAAGAGAAGCAAAGGAGAAGAACCGAGAGACCUGGUAUCUGUCCUGGGCAUUAGACACCAACCAGGAGGAGAGGGACAAAGGCAAAACGGUGGAGGUGGGGCGAGCCUACUUCGAGACGGAUAAAAAGCACUUUACUAUCCUGGAUGCUCCUGGUCACAAAAGCUUUGUUCCCAACAUGAUUGGAGGGGCAUCGCAGGCAGACCUGGCUGUCCUGGUAAUCUCUGCUAGAAAAGGCGAGUUUGAGACUGGUUUUGAGAAAGGUGGGCAGACACGAGAGCAUGCCAUGCUGGCUAAAACGGCUGGAGUCAAACACCUGAUUGUUCUGGUCAACAAGAUGGAUGACCCAACAGUCAACUGGAGCUUGGAGAGGUAUGAAGAGUGUAAAGAAAAACUGGUGCCAUUCCUAAAGAAAGUGGGCUUCAACCCAAAGAAGGACAUCCACUUCAUGCCAUGUUCUGGGCUGACGGGGGCCAACCUGAAGGAGCCCACAGACCUGUGCCCCUGGUACACAGGUCUACCAUUCAUUCCACACCUGGACAGUCUCCCAAACUUCAAUAGAUCCAGUGACGGCCCGGUCAGAUUGCCCAUUGUAGAUAAAUACAAGGACAUGGGCACUGUCAUUUUGGGAAAGCUGGAGUCAGGCUCAAUCAGCAAAGCGCAACAGCUAGUGAUGAUGCCGAACCGGCACGUUGUAGAGGUGCUGAGUCUGCUGUCUGAUGAUGUGGAAACGGAAGAUGCUGGGCCUGGAGAGAACCUCAAGCUCCGCCUGAAGGGUAUCGAGGAGGAGGAGAUUCUACCCGGCUUCAUCCUAUGCAACGGGGAGAGCCUGUGCCAUUCGGGACGCACUUUUGAUGCUCAGAUUGUUAUCAUUGAGCAUAAAUCCAUCAUCUGUCCAGGGUACAACGCUGUUCUUCACAUUCAUACCUGCAUUGAGGAAGUGCAGAUAACGGCCUUAAUCUGCCUGGUGGACAAGAAGAGUGGCGAGAAGAGCAAGAUGAGGCCACGCUUCGUCAAGCAGGACCAGGUGUGCAUUGCACGUUUGCGCACAGCAGGAACCAUCUGCCUGGAGACCUUUAAGGAGUUUCCACAGAUGGGGCGGUUCACCUUACGGGAUGAAGGUAAGACCAUCGCCAUCGGCAAAGUUCUGAAGCUGGUUGCAGAGCGGGACUGAAGCGUGAUGCUGUGAGUCCAUCACACCCACCCUCACUGCCACAGGUGGAGGCGGCGCUCACAGCCACGCCCCCCUGCGGCGUGCUGAAGGUCCAGAAAGGCAACGUGAGAGCUGUUUUUAACAAACAACGAUGACGUCCUCAAGAGGCAGCUUUCUCAUAUUGAGAGCUCUGUAAUGCCAUUCGGGGUUAUCCCAUCCUCCAUCCCCAACCCCACUCCUCUUCUUUUUUCUUGAAGAUGAUUUUUCUCUCAUUUUUUCAUAAAUGACAAUGACAGGAGGUAUAUUUGUGAACAUGUGGACCAGUUGGUGAUUUUCAGAUGAAAACAUGGAACCAAAAUCUUCUCUGGGGUGUACAUGUUUCCUUUGCUUUGUACCCAGAUGUUUGUGUGGCAUUCUGAGCGUGUUCAGAUGAGAUUCAAACAAACUAUGACAAUAAAAAGAGAAAUUGGGGAAAAACUG